CCGCUGAGACCACGUUCCUCUCAGCUGCGGUCGCCGGACGCGUAAUAGCAACAAAGAAGCCGAGCACAGACAACUCAGAGGCCAGCGAUCUCAACGAUGGGGCUGAAAUGGAACAUAGGAAAAGGUGAGAAAGGAGGAACGGGACGACGAUGGAGGUGGUGCGAGAGAAAGAAAGGAAACGUCCCCUCGCAUGGACGCAAUCCUGAAGCUCAAUCAUCCGUGGAUGCAAGUCCUAGACCCACACCUACUUUGCGUGUCAAGCGAGUCGAUCAUUUCUUCAACAGGAAGAACGGUGUAUGGUCAUACAAGGACACCAAGAUCAAGUCUACCCCACAGGUUUUACCUGGUGGUAAGACAUCGGAAGGCUCCGAUAUCUGGCAGUCUUUCUGCUUUGUGGUAGUGCGCGAGUUUUCGGCGGACUCCGUUCCAGGAGAAGAGCCGUCCGUGGCAGUGACAAUCAAGAGUCCCUAUCUGAAAUCAGCUUGCAAGGACGUCAUCGGAGAAGUCCCAGGACUCUCCUGGACGGUCGAUCCUCUUGAGCUCCCCAUCAACCUGUUGAUCCGAUUCUUCCCUCAGCUCACGGAGUAUCAUCAAACGUUGCAAGAACGAGCGGGCCGCACUAGCGACGAGGAAGACGUGCUCGCGAGCCUUGAUGCUCUCCUGAACUAUCUGCGUGAAGACCACGGGGUCACCAUCUCUCAGAUCGCGGACCUCCUGGCACAGAAGGAGAUCACGUCGGAUCUCCUCUAUGCGAUUCUCAUCCCCGAAACGCUGUUCACCUGCAGAGACGACACGACCGGGGAGCCUCUCGCGUUACAACUCAAGAGCUCCGAGAAAGCACUUGGUGGAUAUGCGCUACACUGCGAGGGUCUCGACACUACUACGUCUGCAGAGGGAUUCGGUAGGGUCAAAUGCACGUGGCACGUUCCGCGUUUCAAAGGAGUUGUGAAGAUCAAUACGCUCCCUAUCUACCCGAUGAGGUACCACAGCGACGAAGGAAGUUUGAGGAGGGCCCUCCUUGCUCGGGCGCGCAAAUGGGUCGACCUCAACGGUGUACACCAUGUGCAGUACGAAGGGACUGCCGUCCGUAAUUCGACCACAUACGAGAUUGACUCCAGGGUGAUGAUCGACCGAGGCGCCUUCAAGCACCAUAACCCCAAGCAGGCGAUGCCUGAGGUCAUUGUCGCAGUGGAAGACCCCACCACCCCAGAGGGGUCAGUUAUCUCGCAUUCGGAAGUAGACACCCAGGUCGAUUUGCAUUACGAUGAGAAGGCUAGCCCGCAGGAUCAGCACAUGGCAGACGAUGAACUAAUUCUCGCCUCGCCAGUGUUGUACGGGUUCAGCCUGUCUGACAAGCUAUGGCUCAAAUUGAACGUCGAGAAAGUCCAACCUAUCGAAUGGUCCAAUGAGCCGUUCACGAACCUCGUCCUAUCGGGUAAUCGAAGAGACCUCCUGCGAUCUCUCGUUGAAGCACACAACUCUAACUUGAACUUCGACGAUUUCGUCAAAGGCAAGGGACAAGGUCUCGUCAUAAACCUCUUCGGCCCUCCCGGAGUCGGCAAGACUCUGUCCGCGGAGGCUACUAGCGAGCACCUCAGGAGACCGCUGUACAUGAUUGGAGGUGGGGACCUCGGGGAGUCCGCGGACGCUGUCGACGCCAAUUUGAAGAGGGUCUUCAGUAUGGCCGCGCGCUGGAGGGCCAUCGUGCUCAUAGACGAGGCCGAUGUGUUUCUAGAGCAGCGCGCUAUGAACGACCUGUCACGCAAUGCCAUGGUCGCAGUGUUUUUGCGGCACGUCGAGUACUACCGCGGCAUCCUGUUUCUCACUACGAACAGGGUCAAGGCCUUCGACCAAGCCUUCUUGUCUCGCAUCCACGUUGCUCUCCGCUUCCAAGAGCUGAGCAAGGAGGCCAAGUACAAGAUCUGGCAGGCUUUCCUUCUGAAAGUGGACUCGGCGGACCUCACGGCGGACGAGCUAGACAAUCUCGUCAGCCGAGAGGUGAACGGGCGUCAGAUCAAGAACGCUACCAGGACUGCGACCUCGCUCGCGCAGAGCCGUGGAGAGAAGCUCGGAUAUCGCCAUCUCUCGGAGACUCUCGAUGCCAUGGAAGAGUUUGAUAACGAGUUUAAGGCCAUCUCCCAGAGCAAGACCGUGUGAUUGUACAACUAUGGAAUGGAUGUGCAUGGACUCUAGAACGAGACUUGGUACUAACAAUUGCAUGCGCGAGCAGCACAUUGACAACAG